AUGAAUUCUGCACUGGAAGAAAUGAGAGAACUACCGGAGCUGAAAGAGAAGCGAUCUAAAAUGCAGCUCAUCCCUGAAGAACUCUUGACCACCCUCAUUUCUACAGUCUGUCCCAUGGAGAGGUCACUGGUGGCCCCCACAAUCACAAAAACACCUAAAGAUGUCAAGGUCCCUGGAAUGCGCAGCACAGAUGCGGUCUGGCAGCAUCCUCUUGGCCGCAGGAAAUACAAACACCUCCUGGACCAACCAACUUCAGCAACUGGAGCUGGGAGGGACAUCUCCUACCUGUGUGAUGCCAUGGUCUCUCAGAGGACCAGGAGACCCCUGACUGAGAUGGCGGUGAGAGACAGCACCCAGGAUAUCCACAAGGAUCUGAGUCUGGAGGAGAGCCUCAUCCCUGCUGAGUAUCACUUAGUGAAAAACAGAGGCGUGGUGGGACUGAGGUUCCAUGAAGAUAAAUACACCGUCUUACUGGAAGACGAGGAAAGGAGACAGAGAGUCUUCCCGUCAAUGAAGCCCGGUAGCAGACUGGAGGUGCUGCAGCUGAGGAGGGUGAUGGAGGAGAUGCUGGCCGAGGCGGGCGUGACGGAGGACCACGCAGAACUGAAGAGCUUGUCACAGAUGGAGGCCCUGCUGCAGCUGGUGCGGGCGGAGCAGGACAUUUAUAACACCGUCUUCCACGAGCUCAUCCGUCAGGUCAGCGUGCAGUGUGCGGAGAGAGGGGAGCUGCUGGCCAAGCUGAGGCGGAGGUAUGUGGGGCUGUUGGAGCGCAUCCCCCAGCAGCUGAAGGGGCUCCACACAGAGGCACUGGCACAGAGAGCCCUGGACCGCCGUCGCGUGGAGGAGAUCGCCAGCCUGAAGAGCUCCAUCGCCCAGCUCAACACUGAGCUGAGUGAGAUUAAGGGGCAAUAUGAGCGUGUGUCCCAGCAGGCAGAAAGGACACAGAAGGAUCUGACCGACACACAGGAGGAAUUACAGAGAACCACAGACUUGGUGACAGAGCGCCGUGACCUGUAUGAGAUGCAGAGGCAUAGGCUGGAAGGUCAGGUGACCAGGCUGUCCAAUGAGAGGGACCUCUGGAGCAAGGUCACCUACACCCUGGCCCUCAAGGUGAUCAAGGCGAACAACCUCCAGCAGACCAGCAGACUAGACAUGAGCGGUCAGACUUGGGCCAAAACUGCAAAGCGCUUCACCACCCGUCUGACAACCAAAGACGCUGAGGAUAUGAGGCACAUCGUGAAGCUGACAGAUCAGUGGAAGGAUGAGGUCACCGCCUUCACACAGGGGCUGAGUGACAGCGAGCAGAGCCAACGGGAGGAGAUGAAUAGGGUCCAAGCUGGCAUUGCCCAAUGGCAGGGCUUCUGUGAGGCCAAUAUCAACAGCCAGGACACGAAAUUGGAGGAAUCACAGGACAAGUUAUUUUUCGACUUGAAACAGUGGUCACUGCUGUUGACUGCGCAGUGUGAACACUAUGGGGGCGAGGACCUGCUUUCCUGCCAGGAGACCCUCGGCCUGUUGUCCCGGCUGCAGGACGACUGGGUGGAGGUGGGCCUCCAGCUCUUUCGGAGACACCUGGGGCCCGACAGGGAGGCCCCCAAAGGCCAGGCCACUAUGCAGGAGCUGGGCCGGGCCGUGUCCGACCUCCACAAGCAGCUGGAGACCCGUGUCAUCGGAGAGAGCGGUGUCCAUAAAUUACUGAUAUCUCUUAUCGGGGCGAUGGAGCUCUGGGCCUUAAAAAUUAAGGCUCUGAAAGACCAGUCCCAGGCACUUCUGCAUUCUGAUUGGUCGAACCUGGAAAAGGACCUGGGCAACUGGACCAAGCUAACCAAUGAAAUCCUCGUCCAAGUGUCUAGCACCUGGACGGAGAGCGAGAGGGUCGAGAAGACGGUGCACGUCAGGAUUGAGGUAGACAGUGUGUUCGCCUUGUUGCGGGAGUUUGUCUCAGCGCAAGACGUUUUCUUUGACUGCGAAAACCAAAGGCUUGCUGAUGAGGCAAGCUCGAUCCACUCGGCCCUGACUCGCUGGAUGGUGGACCUGCUUCUGCUCAUAGUCCCUGACCUGGGGCCUCCCCUGCAUCCAGGCCCUGCCCCCCCGGCCCCUCUGACGGUCUCUCUUCGGGAGCUGGAGGAAGACGCCGGACACCUUUCACAGAAACUGGACCACUUCUCCGAAUACUUAACAAGUUCCUGUCUGCCCAUUGUUGAAGACAACCUUCAGAAACAUCUGUCCGCGGAUGAGCCGAGGAAUGAGCUGGCUGAGCUGAACAAGCUUCAGCGGGAGAGCGAGGUAUGGAGGGAGGCCUGUCGGACCCUGCUGUUGGACGUUAAAGGAGCUUCAGUCGACGUGCAGGGCACUGCGGCCUACUGGCCCGCCAUGGAUAUCCGUCCCUCCGUGAAGGCGAGAGAGGACUCUACGGAUGAAGACACAGAACCGCUGUCGGACAUGGGGGAGGAGGAGGAGGAGGAUGAGGAGGAGGAAGAGGCUGACGGAGAGCGGGAGGAAGGGAGCUCAGAGCCGGUGGUGAAGUUCACAGAGGGAUCCAGUUCCAGGAAGUCAAUAGGUCACGACCGCAGUACAGCCGAUAACGCCUUGGGACCAGAAAGCACUCUGCCGACCAGCGAGGCGGUGGUGCCAUCCCAGCCUCCCAGUACCCAGAAUCCCUCUGACGCCGUGGCAACGGUUGCGGCUCUUCAGCUGAAGUUGCUGGGUGCGGAGGACCGGGCCCAGAGUGCGGAGGACCGGGCCCGGAGGACUGAGGGUGCGCUGCAGAUGGCUCUGGGGAAGGUUCUGGAACUGGAGGAGCAGCUGAAGGCCAGGGUCGGUGCCGAGCAGAAGGAGAAGAAGAAAACAGCGCGCGUGACCUCCAGGAGGGCCGUGACUGCUGAACCCAGAUCAGUGAGUCCAAAACCUGACCCCGGCCCGAAGCAACGCAGCGCACCCAGGAAGUACUGA